AUGGAGGUUUUACUAGGCAUCACGGGCAAGGACUUUACCAUCAUUGCGGCGUCCAAGGCCGCUAUGCGGGGAGCGACCAUCCUGAAGGCAUCCGACGACAAGACCAGGUCGCUGAACAAGCACACAUUGAUGGCAUUCUCCGGUGAAGCUGGUGACACAGUACAGUUCGCCGAGUACAUCCAAGCCAACGCCCAACUCUACUCCAUGCGCAACGAGACCGACCUUUCCCCCUCCGCCCUUGCCCACUUUGUCCGCGGUGAGCUUGCGACGAGCUUGCGCUCUCGGAAACCCUACAACGUGAACCUUCUUCUCGGAGGUGUCGACCCCAUCACCCACAAGCCCAGCCUCUACUGGCUCGAUUACUUGGCGUCGUUGGCCGAGGUCCCCUAUGCCGCCCAUGGCUACGCACAAUACUACUGCCUCUCGAUCCUCGACAAGCACCACCACCCAGACAUCACCCUGCACCAGGGCAUCAAGCUCCUCAACAUGUGCACCGACGAGCUCAAGAGGAGGUUACCCAUAGACUUCAAGGGCAUGACGGUCAAGGCGGUAACGAAGGACGGCAUCAUCGAUAUCGAGUUCGACGACGACAAGGUGGUUAAGAUGGCUUAA